AUGCUGUGGAAUGCACGCCUCGUCGAUUCGGCCGAGACGUCACGUACACAAACCGAGAGACGUGGAUCAAAAGGGAGGCACGUCAGCCGCGCGCGUUGAUGAUGAUGAACUUCGCCAGCUUUGAGCUUGGACCCCUUCGAUGAUCGGCUCGGGACCUAUCAUAAGUGGCUGCCGGCCUCGAAAACGGUCAGGCUCAACAAGGAUCGGCGUCUGUCAUGCGUAUGCUGCAAUUGUUGGAAUCCGCACCAUUGGCGGAGACCGGACUGACCGGACCCUUGACCAGCUCACACCGAGUCAGACGCAACAUUCGAACCUGCUCUUCCUCUCGCAUCCAUCGCUCGCUCUUUCCAUUGGCUAUGCGAUGUUCACCUACCGCACCAAUUUGGGCCGCCCGAAUACGCGUGACGGUUCCGUCCAUCAACACGUCUGCGUGCAUCUCAUCUUGCCGAUGCCUUCGCCCGUCUCGCUUCUUGAAAAGGAUCCUCCCGACAGCGGUGGCGCAGGUCAUGGCGAGCUUUUCGAGUGA